CUUUAACUUUUCACCGCCUCCCACAGCAUCUUCCAUUUUUUUAUUCCACCUAAAAAGUAGAUAAUUAAAUUAAAUGAAAAACAUGCAUAUGAGAGAGAUCCCAUCUUGCAUAUUUCAUGACUUCCUAUUGUUUAGGGUUCAAAGCAUAUAUAUAUAUAUAAUUAACAACACUAGCUUCCCAUUCUCUCUAAGCUUUUCUCUUCAUUCAAAACACUAGUAAACUCUUUGUGAAUCAAAAACAAACAAACAUCUUAUUGAGAUGCUAAAAAAGAUGGAUGAAAUAGAAAUCACAAAUGGUUUCCCUCAAAACUCACAAGGUACAUCUAAUAAUCCUCCAACUUUGAAGAGAAAGAGAAACCUCCCGGGAAAUCCAGAUCCUGAAGCAGAAGUGAUAGCUUUAUCACCAAAGACACUGAUGGCUACAAACAGAUUCUUAUGUGAAACAUGUGGAAAAGGUUUUCAAAGAGAUCAAAAUCUUCAACUCCAUAGACGUGGACACAACCUUCCAUGGAAACUUAAGCAAAGAACAAACAAAGAAGCAAAGAAGAGAGUUUAUGUGUGUCCAGAGAAGACUUGUGUUCACCAUGAUCCUUCAAGGGCACUUGGUGACUUAACUGGGAUAAAAAAGCACUUUUGUAGAAAGCACGGUGAAAAGAAGUGGAAGUGUGAGAAGUGUUCAAAACGUUAUGCUGUUCAGUCUGACUGGAAAGCUCACUCAAAAACAUGUGGUACUAGAGAAUACAAAUGUGAUUGUGGAACUAUCUUUUCAAGGAGAGAUAGCUUCAUAACUCAUAGAGCCUUUUGUGAUGCAUUGGCAGAAGAAACAGCAAGAGUAAGUGCAGCAUCAGAAAUAAACAACAAUAUUAGUUACAAUAACAUAAUGGGAACAUCUCUAGUCCCUAACAACAACAUGGCAAACCAUUUUUCUUCAAUUUUCAAACCAAUUGAUGAAACAACAAAUAUUCAAACUAGAGGACUAUCCCUUUGGAUGAGUACUCAAUCAUCUCAACCUCAUGAAACAAUGAUAACCACCACAAAUGGUAAUAAUUUGCAUGAGAUUCAUCAUCAACUUGGUUCAUCCACAAACACAUCAUCUAGAGGAAUAUUAUAUAGUGGAAAUAUUGAAAAUCCACUUGUCCAAUGCUCAAACACAAAUCCUCCACCAAACUCAAAUAAUUAUCACCUAAAUUGGGUUUUUGGAACUAAACUUCCCUCCAAUUGUAGUGAAGAACUAAUUACUAGUACUACCACUUCACUUCCGCUACGAAAUAAUAUUAAUAUUGAUGAUGUUCCUCGUUCUGCUUCCUUGUAUAGCUCACAACACCAAUUGCAACCACAUCAAAAUCAAACAUCAAACAUGUCAGCUACAGCUUUGUUACAGAAAGCUGCUCAAAUUGGAGCAACAACCUCAACUGAUCCAUCAUUCCUUGGAAGUUUAGGUUUGAAAUGUAGUAACACUACUACUAAUAUUGAUGGUAACAAAUUUGGUGGUGGCAUGUAUGGUUCAAGUUCUUUGCUUAUUAGUCUUGCUAGUGGAGAAGAUCGUAACUCUGGAUGUGAUUUGUCACAAAUGCACCCUUCUAAACGUAGACAUGUGCAGAGUGAAGAAAAUGGUGGAGGGCAAACUAGGGAUUUUCUUGGUGUUGGUGUGCAAACUAUUUGCCACCCUUCUUCAAUCAACGGAUGGAUUUGAUUUUAUCAUGUAAAUAUUCAAUCAAUUAUGAAUUAUCAUCUUUUUUUUUUUAGUUUUUCUCAAUGAAAAUGGUAAAUUAAAAAUAAAAGGGUAGUCAAUAAUUUGAUUCUUAAA